AUGUCGACUUGCAUGGCAAUGCCCACAAAUUUGUGCGUCCAUUUUGCAUUUAUGUGCACUCAGGAAGGGGGCCGCUUGUUGAGAGAAUUGCGGCGAGAGACAGCAGAUGCUGCAUUCCUGGGAAUCCCUAUUGCCUCUGUCUUCUUGGAAGCCAUUCUGCCGCAGCACCUGGUGGUGCAACUUGUGUGCACCCCAAGGGAGUGGGGUGGAAGGGUUGUACGUUGUUUUUGGGUGCGCUCACCUUGGAGAGUCGCACAUUGUGGUAGGGUUGUUGUUUGGAUGUGCGUCCAGGGUGUGAGGUGUGCAUGUAAUUGGGCAAAUCAAGAUUGUCGGCUGCUGCUUCAAGAGUGCUUCGAGACUGGACACAGCCUUGUAUGCAUAUGGCUGCUGAUGCUGUCGUUUGAGGUGGGCGACGACGUCAAAUUGGGCCUCAGGCAUCCCAGCGCCGUCUUGCACCUUUGCAGUCGAAUGUGGGCGCUUUGUGUAUGCAGCUUGACACGGUGGGGAGGGAGAAACAGGGUCUAG